UUUUAGUACAGUCUACAAAAGAUAGGUCUGCCCAAGCUUGGGGAUAUCAAAAACUUCAUCUCCAGUGAGAGCCAUUAAGCCAUGGAAAAAAAAACACUUCAGACCAUUCUUCUAAUGCUAGCCCUAGCCAGCCAGACUUAUGCUCAAGUUUGUUUUCCUUACGGAGUUGCCGACCCUAACAAAGUUCCGAUAAACAACAUCGUGACGUCAUCAAACGACAAAGUUCACGGAAAAGAACAAAUACGAUAUGGAUGCUGCGAAGAAUCGUACGGUAACGCCUGGUGUCCAGACCCUGAUGACAAAAACCCCUCGGUGGAGAUCCGCCUGGACAAGGUGACGCCCAUAGGAGGGCUCAUGUUACAGCGGCACAGCGGCGGCAACCGACCAGGAUUUUACACCGAGUAUUUCAUGCAGGCGUUUGAUCUUUACCUGAGAAUAAAUGGCGUUGUGUAUUUAAUUGUCCAGAAUCAAUCAGCCUUAGACAACAACACUGUAGUGAGCAGCAACAUGGCCUUUAGUCCAUCCAUUAACACAGACAUGGUGAGAAUCGUGCCCAAGACGUUUGUAAAGGCGCCAUGUUUUCGUUUGGAACUCCUGGAGUGUGUACCAGCAACUACGACUGAGGGUACCACAACACCAACUACAACUUCUACAACGACGACAACAACAACUACAACAGUUCCUACAACGACAACGACAACAACAACUACAACAGUUCCUACAACGACAACAACAACAACAACUACUACAACAGUUCCAACAACAGUGCCAGCAUACACUGGUCCGUCCUGGAGCCUGAUCAACAUCACGCAAGACAGUGUUGUGUCCGAUGGCUGGAAUCUUACCCUCGAGGGGAAGCCGGAAGUGGGGCCGGAGGGGGUGGAGCUUAGCAAACCAGAGCAGGCUAUUGUGAUUCCAGUUUCAAACGACUCAUGUCUGACUAACCCCAGCGCGUGCACCCAGGGUUUGACCAUUCACGUGACCAUCAAGGUCGUGUCCAUUGUAGAGAAUAGCAUCAUCUUCACCAGUGGGGGAGAUAAGCCUGAUCAGCCAGGUGUCACCAUGGUGUACAGAUUCGGGAUGAUCCAUAUCGUGGUGUCCACUACAAACCAGUCCUGGUACCUGUCCGUACCACGUGACACCAUCAACUGGUCACUCGAGUUUGUCAGCGUCUACGUCUCCUGGAGCCUGGACACCUCGCUCAAACUGGUCAUCAACAACGUGUUGGUAGCCGAGACGACCACGUCAAUCAAUCACGUGACUAGCGUGUCAGUGACCAAUAGUCUGAUCUUUGGUGGUAGUCACGCCCACUCCAUCAUCAGCUCCAUCAAGAUCUGGUUGGUACACAUCCUCAUACUGGUCAACAACAACAUCGUCGACUGCACAUGUACGACAAAACCCACAACUACAACCACAACCACAACAACCUAUAGUCCUACAACAGUUGCUGAGCUUACCACCGAGGACAGUGCUACAACACUGGACAGUGUCCACACCACUGCGUUCACCUGUCCCGCUGGUUGUGUUCCAGAUGACCAGUGCUCAACAUGGGAAGUACCGACGAUUGUAACCGAAGAUCCAAACUUGACCACCGACCUACCGCAAACGACAAGAGAUCCAGAUACUACGUCUGUAACUCAGAGGCCAACAACAUCACCAUCAGCUACUGAAAUAAAACCAGAUACUGGCAAUACACCAGAGCCAACAACACCAGAACCUACAACACCAACACCAGAACCUACAAAACCACAACCUACAACACCAGAACCUACAACACCACCACCAGGACCUACCACACCCCAACCUACAACACCAACACCGGGACCUACAACAUCCCAAACUACAACACCAGAACCUACAACACCAACUCCAGAACCUACCACACCGCAACCUACAACACCAACUCCAGAACCUACAAAACCGCAACCUACAACACCAGAACCUACAACACCAAAUCCAGAACCUACCACACCGCAACCUACAACACCAGAACUUUCAACACCAACUCCAGAACCUACCACACAGCAACCUACAACACCAGAACUUUCAACACCAACUCCAGAACCUACCACACCGCAACCUACAACACCAACACCAGAACCUACCACACCGCAACCUACAACACCAACACCAGAACCUACCACUCCAACACCAGAACCUACCACACCGCAACCUACAACACCAACACCAGAACCUACCACACCGCAACCUACAACACCAACACCAGAACCUACCACUCCAACACCAGAACCUACCACACCGCAACCUACAACACCAACACCAGAACCUACCACUCCAACACCAGAACCUACCACACCGCAACCUACAACACCAACACCAGAACCUACCACACCGCAACCUACAACACCAACUCCAGAACCUACCACACAGCAACCUACAACACCAACUCCAGAACCUACCACACAGCAACCUACAACACCAACACCAGAACCUACCACACCGCAACCUACAACACCAACACCAGAACCUACAACACCAACUCCAGAACCUACCACACAGCAACCUACAACACCAACACCAGGACCUACCACACCAACACCAGAACCUACAACACCAACUCCAGAACCUACCACACAGCAACCUACAACACCAACACCAGGACCUACCACACCAACACCAGAACCUACAACACCAACACCAGGACCUACCACACCGCAACCUACAACAUCAGAACCUACAACACCAACUCCAGAACCUACCACACCGCAACCUACAACAUCAGAACCUACAACACCAACACCAGAACCUACCACACCGCAACCUACAACACCAACACCAGAACCUACCACACACCAACCUACAACACCAGAACCUACAACACUUACACCAGAACCUACCACAACGCAACCUACAACACCAACUCCAGAACCUACCACACCGCAACCUACAACGCCAACUCCAGAACCUACCACACCGCAACCUACAACACCAACACCAUUUCCUACCACAACGCAACCUACAACACCAACUCCAGAACCUACCACACCGCAACCUACAACGCCAACUCCAGAACCUACCACACCGCAACCUACAACACCAACUCCAGAACCUACCACACAGCAACCUACAACACCAACACUAGAACCUACCACAUCAACACCAGAACCUACCACACAGCAACCUACAACACCAACACGAGAACCUACCACACCCCAACCUACAACACCAGAACCUACAACACCAGAACCUACAACACCAACACGAGAACCUACCACACCGCAACCCACAACACCCCAACCUACAACACCAGAACCAACAACACCAACACCAGAACCUACCACACCACAACCCACAACACCCACUACCACCACAACAACACCAGCCCCAACACCCCAACCCACAACAAGACCACCCUGCCCACCCAUCACCCCAACAGUAACCCUAACCUCAACUGUCAACGCCAACGGUCAAGGCUCCUUGACCUGCUCCGUACCCCAGCCUCCAGGCGUGGGCGUCACCAUCAAGUUUACCUGGUACGUCAAUGGCGUCUCUAGCAACUGGACCAAGUACAUUGAAGCCCCUGACACCUCCGCCUCCAUUUUAAUCACGGAGAUUGGCAUCGACCUUCUGAACGCUAGGAUUACCUGUACGGCCGAGUCUAAAUACCUGGACAACAGUGCCGUGUGGUGCAACAGUGUUGUCAGUAACACCAUUGUUCCUGCUAUUCAGUGCCCACCAAACACACCAAUCACCGUGUCAGAAGGCAGCGGCGUGUUCACCCUCCAACUAGCCGUCACGGUACCCCCAGCCUUGUUGUGUAAACCCCAGCAGAACGGCGGCUGUAGGGUGGAAGUUAUCACAGAGAUCCUCGGCCACAACCAGGACUUAAAGUGUUCCCAGACCCAGAGUAUACCCCAGGCUGUGAUAGGGGUGGGGGUGGUGGGUGAAGGCAGCAACAGAAAUUGUGGUGUGGAGAUCUCCAACACCAACUGGCAGUUUGGUGUCUCCAUCCCCAUCAAGGCCACCAUUGAUGGUGUCAUUGAUGGUAACAGGAAGAGGACAAUCCGCAUCAAAGUUAGGAUUGUUGGCACAACGAGCCAGCAGAUCUACGAGGUGGCGUGUGGCCAGACAGAGAUCACCAUCAUAGACAACGACAAGCCAUGUGGGUGUGGCUCCAUCAACGACCCCCAUAUGACGUCAUUUGAUCAAGCAAAAUACAACAACCACAUUCCAGGGGAGUUUAUCAUGUACAGACACACUACCCUGCCUUAUGAGGUUCGAGCCCUCUACAGACCGUGCUCAGCCGGAAAUAACCGAGUGACCUGCAACUGUGGCGCUGCUAUUCGUAGCGGUGAUGACGUCAUUGUCUUCAACACAUGCGACAUUCGACAGAACGCGGGAAAUUCAGGGAACAGUGUCAUUGGUGUAGAAGUCUUUAAGAAUGGAGAUUUUGAUUUCAAAACCAGAAUAUAUCGACUGGGAGUUGGGCAGAAAUAUGAGGUUGUACUGCCCAUCGGCACCAAAGUGACUCUAGUCGCCACCAGGAAACCUUUCAUGAACAUCCACGUCCAUGCAUCAUCAGCUGACUGGCAGAAAACUGAAGGGUUGUGUGGAAGUUAUAACGGAAACAGAUUGGACGACUUGGACUAUGUCCCGACAAAUAGACCUGAUGACUUCAACAGGAAAUGGCUCCGCACAGAUACCAUCUUCAACGGCGUCCAAGCAAUCACCAACACCAGCCAGCAGCCGACAUAUUGUAUGUGUAUAGCAGGUCAACAACCUGUUUGUGACGCGGGUCUGGAUGUCUUCAAGUGUACGGGACUAGGAGCUAACCCCAAUGACGUGACCGAGUCCCUGGUUCGUCUGGCCAAACCCCCACAGAUCAGACAGUCCCAGUCACGGGCCAGACGGAGUGUCACGACCUUCCUAGACGCGUCUGGCCCCAGGGAAUUCACGUUUGAUGAAGCACUUGACUACUGCAACAACGCCGUCUUCAACAGUUCCACACUACAGGCCUGCGCUGACCAUCUGGACAGUUCCAACGUCACGGAGAGCAUAAACAGCUGUGCUGAAGAUCUGCAGGAAACUGGCGAUGUGCUGUGGGCGAUGUCACACAUCAGCAACAUCGGAGAGGAGUGUAUGGCAACGGCUGCCCAGAACGAGACGGCCUGGGACGGUAACUCCACGGUACCUGGUCAGCCUAGAAUGCCUGAGAGUAUCGCCAGCGGUCUGUGCACGCAGAACUGUGGCGCUAAUGGAACGUGCGUCAACUCCAUCUGUGUGUGCCUGAACAAUUAUACCGGAGCCCAAUGCGAUAUUGCACCUGAUACCAAACCUACAGUUUAUCCAUCUGUCGAAACUUGUGAUGUCACGACAUCCACCUGUCUUUCUGUCACCGUUGAAGGUGAAAACUUUGUCCCGUCACAGCAUCUUACCUGCAGGUUUAGAUACGUAACGUUGGGCGACAAGGUGACUGACACAAAUGAGGAGGUCAUGGUGACCGCUGAGUACAUCAGCAUGUACCAGAUAGGCUGUAGCCAACCAGGCAGGGUAGCACGUAGUGCUCGCAUCACGGUGCUCAACAAAAAUCUGGCCAGUGACCAGAGCUACUUGCACAUUGUCAGCAAGGCUACAUGCCAGGAUUGUGAGCUGAUUGAAAGGGGCAAUGAUGCCAACUGUACUUGGAAAGCAGGGACGUGCGUCAUUGACGGUCAGUGUUAUGUACGUCAUGAACAGUUCCCUGACGAUAAAUGCUACAGGUGUGACCCAGACCAGAGCACCAACAGCUGGACUAAAGUUUCAGACCCAGCCUGCUACGUGACCGCCGUCCCCCUGUCCCCCACAGCCGAGCCCGAGAGUAACGACACAGCUGUCAUUGUGCUGGGGGUCAUCUGUGGAGUGCUCGGCCUUGCUGUGUUGGUCACUGCUAUAGUCUUGAUUAAACGUAAGGUGUCCAGGAAGAAGAAGAUACUCCGGGCGCUAGGUGAGGACACGACGUACGACUCCAGCAGACAGCGCGCCAUCAACACAGCAGCAGUGGUGGACAUGGGCGGCGCCAGCAGAGAUCCCUAAGGACUGGCCUUCUACAACCCCACCUCACCCAACAGCUGAAGCUCUCCACACAAGGAGGAAAUACACGCAUCACAUUGGCUAUAGUCUAUUCAACAUUUUAUACUGCUAUUUCUACAGUGAUUGCCUGUUGUUUUUGUUGAGCUAUGCCCAAAGACUAUUGUUUUCUAUUCAAAUUAUUUCCGUGAUAACUUCUACAAAUAUAUUUUUUAUAUCUUUAUAAAAGACACCUUUCAACCAAUGCUUCUGUGAUCUACAAAACAAAUCAUUCCCCGGUUUCUAUGCAAUUUAAAAUGUAUAGCUAAAAAUAAAACACCGCAUAUUAUUGUAUUUGCAUGUUAUAAGCAUUAGUGAUAUAGUUUUGCAUACAUCUUAAUUUCUAUUUAUUUACUUUUACUUUGUUAAGAAAGCUGUAUAAUUUCUUGUAAUUUUUGUUUUACUUUUAACAUCCCAUAAGUUAAGAUACAGAUACUUCAGUAUUUUUAUUUUUUACACCACCAACUUGAGUUUAUAGGAAUACUAGUUUAUAACAUAGUUUUCAUUCAGACAAAAUAACAGAAUAGCGUUACAAAGAUAAGACCCAAUCUAUUGAAUCCCCAAAGCUCAGAAACAAGACCUAAUUUACUGACAUCAAACAGUUGACAAAGUUUCUACUUAAGAAGACAUUCCCUUAUCUUAAUUUUUCUAAGUAAAUCUGCUUAACCCAAAAUAAACUAAAGCAGACUAAUUUAAUAAAACAAAUAAUUACUUUUGCCAAUGAAAUAUAUUAUUUAUUUUAUUAGAAGACAAGAAUUUGUUUUAUACUAUAUGUUGUGGAAUUUUAGAAGCAUUUUAAAAAAAACAUAAUUUAAAAAAAUUGAUAUGAAUGUAGAUGUUGAUUUAAUAAACACUUGUUACUUAGGUUGAAAAUGUUUUGGACAAAAUAAAAGUAGCAUCUAGAGCUAAAAUAC